AUGCUGGCAAGGAGUUCUAUUCUUUUGUUUUUGUUAUAUUUUGUGCUUGUUUGUGGAGCUGUCAGCGAAAGCGAUGUCGAGGCAAGGGGAAAAAAGAAAAAAAUUGCCCUUUUUGUAUACAUCGCGGAUCUGGUGCUCAAGAAAUUCUUUAUUCUGAAGCUGGUGUACGCUUUUGCCUUCUGGCUGGUGAUCCACAAGGCGGGCUACUUCCUUGCCUGGUUCAUCAGCUACCUGAAGGAGCAGAAAAACUAUCACCACCACCCGCACCAUGAUUAUGUGCCCCAUUAUGAUCACAGCUACGGGCCGUAUAGGCGAGAGAGUCAUGGAAUUAGGAGCUAA